AAACGGCACCGUCGCACCCCUUCCCGCAUUCCUCGUGUUCGCCGGUGACGGUAAUUUGAAAUGAAACUUCCUCGAUAUUGCUCGACCUGGAGGUGCAGGCCGCGGCAAACAGGCGCUGAAAAAUGGAGGGAGUUCCGGUGCCGCUUCCGACGCCGCAAUCGAAACCUUAAGAACCAGAGGAUGGUGCUUCGCGACCACGAACAAGUGGAGGCGAUUAUCCUGAUCCACUCCGCCUUGUCCGACGACAAGCGUAAGGUGGUGAAUUCAGUGGAAGCCGAGCUCACCAACAUGGACCUAAAAUCCAUCUCCGCCAGGUCCUUGCCCGACCCGCAUACGCUCCGAAAGUCCUCUCACCUCCUCGGCUCCAAAGUCCUCCAGAAAAAUGUGGUCUUUCUUUUGCGAGGAAUUCGAGUAGUCGGCGGCUUUUGAAACUUGGGCUCACAGAAGCUCGUUCCUGGAACCAAGGUACUUACUGCUACUUGAUGCUUGCUCAAUGCUCAGCCUGUGUUAUACAUGUAAAUAAGUAAGAGAUUUCUUUGAUUGAUCAAUUUUUGGAUUUUGAAUAUGUUCAGUUUAGUAUUCAAGCUAGUAUGAAAUUGAGCUAGAUUAUGAAAAUGGUGGGUCGCUGGGUAGGAGGGGAAGAACAGUCAUCUUCUUCUUCUUUUUCUCUUUUUUUUUGUUUUUAAUUAUGUAAAAUAGUUUUUUAAUUAUUAUUUAAAUACUUUUAAUCCACAUGGCAAUAUUUUAUUAUAUUGUAGAACCCAAUUAUGUGCCAUAUCAGCACAUAACAAAAUUUUUAACGGAGUUGUGACGGAA